AUGGCAAACUUGUGUGGAGAGACGCAGCCGACGGGCCGACAGCGGGCGGACAUAGGUGUUCUGGAGCAGAAUGGAGGCCAGGAGGCGGGACAUGCGGCGGAGCGGCAGGACUGCAAUCGGAGUCAGGUGCACUUUAAAAGAGGCAAAGGGGGCACGAUCGAGAGAGAGAAGAGGAAACCACGGCAACCCGACCACGAGCACGAUAACCGAGCACGGCAAGAUGAGUCCUCGCCACAGACGCAGCAGGCGAGCACCGAAAGGUGCAGCGUGACCAGGAAGCAGAACCGGCGCACUAGAAAUGGGCGCGCCCGACUGGCCCGAAGAAAGGACGGCUGGGAGUCCGUCACAUUGGCGCCCAACAAAAAGACACCAGUGGAAGCGGAGGAUGACGAUGUCAUCUGGGCUCUCGUGGCAAGUUACACCAGGCUGCUUGAGAAAAAACGUCAGGAAACCCAGAUGAUGCUAGCGUUGCUGGAGACGACGAAAGAAGAAGCCAAGAAAGCCGGUGUCGAUGCCAUCUACCUGGGAGGCAGGACUGGAGAGGCGACAGUAGCGGUGACCGACCAACAGGGCGAGCUGUCGGCCAACAGGAAGGAGGACGAGUGCCCCCUGGAAGAGGAAAGGCACAGAGAAGAAGUUUACGUUGAUGAAGCUUUCGUUGAAGAAGAAAUAAGAAGAAGAGAGACUCACAGAGGACAAGGAGAAAGACCUGCUGGGAGAAAUGCAAGAAAGGAAAGAAGAGGACGAAGAGGACAAGGAAAGACUCACAGAAGACAAAGAAAAGAAAGACAAAGGAACCAGAGGGCCGCAGCAAUUAUUUUCCCGCGCCUGGAAGAAAAGGUGGGGGGGAGUACGCUCGGCCUAGAACUGGCGGGGGAGGUCUGUGGAAAGACGCAGCCGACGGGCCGACAGCGGGCGGAUAGAAGCGUUCUAGACCAGAAUGGAGUCCAGGAGGCGGGGCAUUCGGCAGCGAGGAGAGGCGUGACGCACGCGGAGCGGCAGGACGGCAAUCGGAGUAAGGUGCGUAGGACACACACUUGCUCACAAUCUGCGCAUCUGCUCCUAGACUUUAAAAGAGGCAAAGGAGGCACGAUCGAGAGAGAGAGGAGGAAACCACGGCAACCCGACCACGAGCACGACAACCGAGCAUGGCAAUAUGAGUCCCCGCCACAGACGCAGCAGGCAAGCACCGAAAGGUGCAACGCGACCAGGAAGCAGAACCGGCGCACUAGAAAUGGGCGCGCCCGACUGGCCCGAAGAAAGGUUGUGCGAAACAAUAAAAGUCAAUCAAACCUGCUACGACGCGUCGUGUGUCCAGUGUCACCCCAACCCACACGAGGACGGCUGGGAGUCAGUCACAACUUGCUGAAUGAACGGAAGAUGAACUGCUGCUUCUAGAAGCCAGCAAGAAGAAAAGGGAGAGAUGUUGGAGCAGACGGAAGCCGUUAGAGUGAGGUAAAAGCGUCUUGUAGCUGCAAAAGUGGAACUUGGACACAAGCUACUUC